GGACAUGGCAUCAUGGUGAUUCAAUGGGUCUGUUGAUAAUACCCUAGUAUUCUUUGAAGUACACUGGAGUAUUAUUCAAAUAUCAUUGUAUGUGAAUGUGGUUUAUAUGAAAGUUUAAUGGCACUCGAAUGUUUUGACAUUGUUAGUAAUAAAAUGUGCAUAGUAAUUUCAUGGUAUUCUUAUAGUUUCAUACAAAUAUAUAAUGUCAUAUGAAUACAGCAAUAAUUCAGUACCCUGGUAUUACCCCCUGAUCCCAUUAGUAUACCAUGGUACCGCCACAGUACUCUUGUAUAAAUGGAUUAGCGUCACACAUCACGCGCAGCGGUACAUUUUUUCGCCAAAAGGUUUUUCAUGGUUUAGUGUAGACACAAAUCUCCGAGGACGCGCUGCGCAGUCACGUCACGUUCGAGCAAGACGCUCAAAUCCCGUUUAAUCCACAGGCGUAUCGUAUCGACCCAUUGGGCAACUGCGCGCAGUCCUUGGUGCUGAAAUCCAGUCAAUCACUUCAGUCAUACACGAUCGCCUCUCUACACAUUAAUUUGUGCGUAAAUAUCACACACACCCUAUCUGUAAUAGCUAAAAGGACAUUUUAAGGAAAUAAAACUCAUAAAGUAGAGUUACGUUAAUGAAUAGCCAACGCGUCCUCCUCCUCGCGUAUAAAGUGAAGUGCGUUAAUGAUAUGUGAGAAUGAUGCUGGAAAGGGUCCUCCCGCGUCUCCUCCCCUCCCUCCUUUUCUCCACUACUCACUUCCACUCCUCAUUUCGCGUUCACCCACGAGAAGAGCUCCAGCCGUCAGCAUCAUGUCCUCAGACGUCCAGCUGCGUGACCGAACGGACCCACUGACCACCUGCGACCGAGAGAGCGGAGACCCCGCCGGCGUCACGAGCGACUGAGAGCAGGUAGGUGUGUGAAUUCAUAACUCCUGCCUGUAGUGAACUGAGCAGCUGAACGGACACCAUGGACACAAUUAACUUCACCUUCUGGAACGCCUCCGAGGGCAAUGAGACGGAGGAGACGGUGGUGGACGAGAGCCCGUAUAAGACAGUGGAGGUGGUGUUUAUUGUACUCGUGGCCGGAUCACUCAGUCUGGUAACCGUGAUCGGGAACAUUUUGGUCAUGCUCUCCAUUAAAGUGAACAGGAGCCUGCAGACCGUCAACAACUAUUUUCUGUUCAGUCUGGCCUGUGCUGACCUCAUCAUCGGCCUGUGCUCUAUGAACUUAUAUACGGUCUACAUUGUGAUUGGAUACUGGCCCCUCGGGCCGGUUGUGUGUGAUCUGUGGUUAGCACUGGAUUAUGUGGUGAGCAACGCUUCGGUCAUGAACCUUCUGAUCAUCAGCUUCGACCGCUACUUUUGUGUCACCAAGCCGCUCAGCUACCCAGUAAAGAGGACAACCAAGAUGGCGGGGAUGAUGAUCGCGGCCGCCUGGGUGUUGUCCUUCAUCCUCUGGGCUCCGGCCAUCCUGUUCUGGCAGUUUAUCGUUGGCGGGCGUACGGUGCCGGAGAAAGAGUGCUACAUCCAGUUCUUCUCCAACGCGGCGGUUACGUUCGGCACGGCUAUAGCCGCUUUCUACUUGCCAGUCAUCAUCAUGAUGGUGCUGUACUGGCAGAUCUCCCGGGCCAGUAAGAGCCGCGUGAAGAAAGACAACCGCAAGCCGUCGGGCGGCAACCUGGAGGUAGCGUCGCCGAGCCAGACGCGCGAAAACACUGCCAACAAACCCACCAACAACAACGUGACGGCCGAAGAAGCCGAGCGAGGUCAGACCCAGGUCACGGACGACGCGGCCAACCAGCACGAUGCCAAACUUCAGAACGGCAAAGCGUCGUCAACGGACGAAGAAGUGAGAGGCAACUGCGUCCCCGCCGAGGAGAAAGAAAGCUCCAACGACUCCACCUCUGGCAGCGGCGCCGUAACGAAUCAGAAAGACGAAGCGGCGCCAUCCGCUGCCAACGACGCUCCUGCCAGGCGUCGAGCCAAAUCCGGAGGAUCCAAACUCACUUGCAUCAAGAUCAUCACCAAAUCACCCAAAGGAGAUUGUUACGCUUCCUCGAAUGCCACGGUGGAGAUCGUUCCGGCCGCUGAGAGGCAGAACCACGUGGCGAGGAAGAUCGUGAAGAUGACCAAGCAGCCGCCCAAGAAGAAGAAAGCGCCGUCCUCUCGGGAGAAAAAGGUGACGCGCACCAUCAUGGCCAUCCUGGUGGCGUUCGUGGCUACCUGGACGCCCUACAACGUGAUGGUGCUCAUAAACACCUUCUGCUCCAGCUGUAUUCCCAACACGGUGUGGACCAUCGGAUACUGGCUCUGUUACAUCAACAGCACCAUCAACCCCGCCUGCUACGCCCUGUGUAACAUCACCUUCAAAAAAACAUUCAAACAACUGCUGCUCUGCCAGUAUAAGAACAUACGCUCCACCCGAUGAGCGGUCCGCACGUGUGUGUGUCAGAGUAAAGUCUCAUGAAACGACUGGAAGUCUGUAUAUAUCCGACCUGUGCUUCAUUUACAUAAAGCUGAACUCUGUUUGUCACAUCGCUGGUAGAACUUGCCAGCGCUCAUUAAAAACGAGUGACUUCCAAAUUGCUGUUAGUGUGAACGUCCAUUAAGAUUUCAGCAGUUCAAACAGAGAGAUUGAAAGGGGUUCAGGUAAUGAGACGGGCGCACACAGAAUCAUUCAAACAGUUUUUGGGAAUCUCAUUACGCUUUCCAAUAAGACUGUAUUGCUGUCAGCUCCACUGAACACGUUUUGCUCGGUUCAAAUCCAGAUUAACUUCGUCUGGGCCUGCCAUGAGUGCGUGUGUGUGUUUAUUGUUUUUGUUUUUAUAGAUAACAUUGUUGUAGCACUUUACACACAUAGAUGUGAUGCAUGUCGCAAAAGAAGGACGAGAAGUGCUCAUACAUUUGAUUCAUGAAGAAAAAAUGAACAUGGUCAGAUUAGAGUCUGUACUAUUCAAUAAUAACACACAAAUACGGGGACAACAGGGCUGACUGAAGAUCCAAACCCAAUGUGUUUGAGCUUCAGUAUAAAAUCACACAUGUAUAUAAAUGUACAUAUGUUAAUCACGUACUGUAACGUUUGUUUGGCGUGCUGAAUGAUGUGCGUGCGUGUGUUAUAAAGCUGGUUUAAAGUCAACAGGAACUCAUUUUACUUCUGAAGCACAAUAUUCAACAAGAGACGCUGAACAAACUACAAACUAGAUUUGAUAAAAGACGGUUUAGAAAUGUUAUAAUAACGAAGACAGUUUAGAAAUGGUAUAAUAACAUGCACAGACCAUGCAGGAAGUUUUCUUAAGAAAGUAAACCGUCUCGAGUUUAAAGCGUCCAUCAAACGGAGUGCGACAGGUAUAUGUGUGUGUGUGUGUGUGUUUGUCGUGUGUGUUACGUGUGCUCUCAGAGAGCAAUAAGAGAGCUGGAGAGGCUCUCUGGUGUGGCCGUAUGUUAAAGUGGAUGAGCUGUGAGUGCUCCGGGGCUCCAGGGAUGCAAAUCUAAAGCUUUUAAAGUGAGCAGACGUGCAGGAUAAAGAGGCUCUCUGCGACGCGCUCGCAUUAGCAUCCCGCUCACCUCUGCUUUGCAUUUACACAAAACAGUUCACUCACGGCUGAGAGAAAGGAAAGAAGAUACCAGCUACACACGGACAGGAGCUCACUCAUUUACAUCCAAAGCUAGUGGCCAAACUGUAAAAAACACUCUUAGGCCCGGUUUCACAGACAAGGCUUAAGGCUAGUCCCAGACUAAAAUGAAUGUGUGACCUGUUUUAACUGAAUAUAAUUUGUCCAGAAAUAUCUUAAAAUAUAUCAGUGCCAUUGUUUUGUCUCGAGAUGCACACCAGUAAAGUAUCCUUCUAAAGCAGUUCUAUAAAAGCGACAUAAAUAUCUUAAUUCAACUAAGGCAUAGUCCUGGAUUAAGCUAAACCGUGUCUGUGAAACCAAGCCUUAAAGUUCUUCCAGACUCAUUGUAAAUAACAUGAGACGCUCGUUGCAUGCGUGUGUUCGGCUGCCCACGUGACCUGAUGAUGCUCUGAUCUCUGGGUUCAUGAUCUGCCUGCGGACGACCUGUUUGAAAGAUUUGUGCGUAUGUGUGUGAGUGUGUGUGAUCGAUUACCCCGGAAAGGGGUUUAAACUAAAUCACAGGUUUCUGCCUUGUGAAUUUAAAGGGCUAAAGCGUAUAAGCUUUCUCAUCUCAUUAUGAGACGUUGUGUCACCAUCAGUUUUGAUUCAUUAAACCAGACGUACAGAAUCCUGCCUGAAGCAGAGGAUCAUGGGAUAAAUCAAUCAGUUGAUCAGAGAAAGUGACAGUGAUGCAUGCUGAGGGAAUGCUGUACAUCUCCAGCUGGGAGAUGAUGCUUGAUGUCUUGUUUGUGUUGAGCGUUGUUGGUUUGUGUGCGCUGCGCUCGUACUUUCCCCCUGUGAUGACAGUCACUCUCAAACUGAGAGUGUUUCAAAAUCUCUUUAAAACAUUUUUUUUUUCGUCGUCAUGCCAUGUCAAACCUGUAUCAGUUUUUCUUCUUUUGCAGAACACAAAAGAAGAUGAUUUGAAGAAUGUUGGUAAUCAAACAACACUGAACCCCAUUGACUUCCAUUGUAUGAACAAAAAACCACUGAGACAUUUCUCAAAAUAUCUUCUUUUGUGUUUCACUAAAAAAGGUUUUAAACCCCACUAGGGUAAAUAAAUGAUGAAAGAAUUCUCAUUUAUGGGUAACCCAUCUCUUUCAAAGUAAACAAUGGUUGAUUUUUAAUGGAGACUGGUUACCGUGGUAAAUUGUACUGAUAGUAUACAUAUGCUGAGCUUUCUUUCUCCCACACACAUAUAAUCUCUGUCAGUAUUUUCAUCUCAUGAUGUUUUGUUGUUUUCAGCUCUAUGACCAAAGUGUUUAUUGUAGAAUGUAGAGCUGAGUCACACACACAUCCGCCUCAUUUUGUACCUGCCCACAUGAGCACCACAGCGCCCUCUACAGACCUCACAUGACAAUGUCUUGCAUGUCACAAACUGACAUUGUCCAUCUCUGACUGUUUACCAUCGCUGUGUGUGUGCGUGUGAUCUCUCUGUGCUGGAGGUCAGAGGUCGUGACAGAUGCUUGCUGGUGUUGUGCUAUAAACCGCAUGCGGGACAGAUAGUCCAGGUGUCAGAUUGAGUGUUCAGACAGAGAUCUGUGAGCUACACGCUCUCUCCUGUGACCCCAUCUUUACAUGGGCCGACACUCAUCUAACACACUCUCUAUGUUCUUCAGCAAGAGAUAAACAGACGAGAGAGUGUGACGCUCAACAACAUCAUAUUUACAACAGCACAGAGAGUCCAAAACCUCUGUGGGGAACACACACACACACACAUACAGUAUGUGAUUUGCUGUGUGUGUUGUGAUGUUCAGAGAGCUCAACACAUCAUCAUCCUGCCAUCAUCAUCAUCAAGAGUAAACUGACAGCACAAUUAAUAUAAAAGGGCUUGAAUAUAUUGAUCGGUUAUUGAUAUUAUUUAAACAGUAUAGUUAUUGUAUUUAUUAGUUAUUGAUUUUUAUAAAUAUAUAGAAGUUCACUGUUCUUGUGUUUUUUAGACAAAAAGUAUCGAAAAAAUGAUUGAUUAUUUAUUGUGUUUAUGGUGCUUGUUGUGGGCAAGUUUAGAUUUUAAGUGUAGCUGUAAAUAUUUUUUUCUUUAAUAACUUUUUCCUUGGUAAACACAAAGAGAUUAAUAAUAUAUGCUGUGUGUGUGUGUGUGUGUGUGUGUGUGCAGGUCACACAUGUUGUGUGUGUGAAGUUUGCAGACUCAUGACUCAGAGAUCAUGUAAAUCAGCACAUGCUCACAGGUCUUGAUACGCACACACACACACACACACACACACACACACAAACAACUGACCGAUGAUGUGUAUGUCUGUGCGUGUUUAACGGUCAUCCCUGGAGUGUCUCAAGCCUCUCUCUCUCUCUCUCUCUCUCUCUCUCUCUCUCUCUCUGUGUGUGAGUUUAGACACACAUAAACUCAAAUGUAGCGUGUGAUGGAGGUCAUGAGGUCACACACGACCAACCAAUGAACACUAAAGAUGGAUACAACAAAAUACAAUGAACUAAAACAUAUGAGCAGUCUUCAUCAAAUGACAGAUGUGCUUUUGUACAGUUUUCUAGAUCAGUAUGUAAAUAUAAAACAUCCAUAAACCGGGAAUUUGGGUCAGACGGGAUUUUCAAAAGAACCAAGCCAUACAUGGACAUUACAGCAGGACAGAAAGAUGUGAAAGAUGACUUUAAGGAACUUGUUGGUGGCCAUAGCAACUAAAGCAGACUUCUUUACACGUUUGACUUUAAAGUUGUUUUUUUCUCUCAUUUUUGGCUCAUUAAUGGUGACUUGACGACGACAGGGAGAAAAUGUGCUUCGAGCCAGAAACAGACUCAACACAAGUAUGCAAAUACAGAGAUGAACGCUCGAGCAGCCCAGUGAGGAUGCUCAGCGUUCACUCUUGUGUUUUUGUGAUGGUAACAAUCUUCAGUCCUCAGGGGGGUGAUGACGCUUCAUUCACACGUCUUUGCAGAUAACCAGGUUAGAAUCAGAAUCGACCUGACAGACAAAAUACUUGUAAGGCAGUUUAUAAUAUAUGUGCCAAAUGCAGCAAUGUUGAGAAUGCAUCCUGUAUCCCUCACAAAUAACAAGUAGACUGAACUUAAGCAAAAUUCAAUUAUAUUUUAAGCAUACUUUAUUUACAGUAGUGAGUGUACUAUUUCAAUACUGUUUGGAACUAAAGUUUGGGACUAUAAUAAUAAUGUUUCAUUUUGAGUAUAAAAGAAGUAUAUAAUAGAAGACUGGUAGUGAGGGAUAAGACACAGAUGUACAGUACUUGCGUAGUGUGUGCUUGGCCUGAAUAGGCUGUUAACACAGCAUGCAUUCUUACGCGAAGAUUUGUUGAAGCAGAACUGCUUUUAUUUGAUGCUCAUGGAUGCGAGACGUGUCACAUCGGCCAAAGACAUCCAUCUGUACAUAUUAUAAACCAACAGAAGAAUGCGUUCUGUGUAAACAAGUGUCUGGACUCAUAUGUCAGGUGCUGGUUUUUAUCUGUAUACCAAAAAUAUCUGAUUUCAGAUUUUGGGUCACUCAUGAUGAUGAGACACGGACUGGUGAAGCUGUAUGUACAGAUCUGAGCAUGUGUAUAUAAUAUUGUUUAUUUUUCAUGGCUACAUGCGUCACGUGCUUUCUAUUCACUGUGAGUUGUGACCUUCACGCAGUAGAUGCCGUGUGCUUUGUUAUCAUUUGUAUUACAAUAUAUCGUGGACAUUCUAUACGUGUAGCAAGAUGACUUGUAAAUACAUAUGUUUAUUCAUAAAUCUCAAUGUUCUUGAUCUUUGUGAGGCCAAUGAUCCGAAAGGCAUUCUGAAUUGCUGAUCAUUGAUGCGAUGAAACGGUUUAAAGUGUGUUUAUAAGAUUUGCUGUAUUGUGAGAUUUUGGAGAGGAAUUCUAGCAAAUAAAAGUGUUCAUGAUAAUUGA